AGGAGAAAGAACCAACUCCACUGAUUUCAGAUCAGAAAAAAAGUCCGUUUCUCAUGAGCAAAUUCCAUUUAAUCUGAGUUGCAUGGAGUUAACUCGCUGUACUUCCUGCUUGCAAUAUCCACCCGCCCUCGUCCCUCCAGCAUUGCGCCACCAAACCACUCCGAAGCCCAACUUGAGAACAACCCCCAGCACCAAUGCAACCGUAUCAACGACUAGAAUGGUGGUUAAAGCACGCGGAGGAGGAGGAGGAGGAGCGGAUGAGGCCGAAACUGCAGUGAUUGAGAAGCCCAAGGUGAGUAAGAGAUUUCAGGUGUCGGAGGGCCAUCCCGCUCCAUUUGGUGCCACUCUUCGAGACGGUGGUGUCAAUUUUGCGAUAUAUUCGGCCAAUGCUGUUUCCGCAACUCUCUGUCUGAUUGCUCUAUCGGAUUUGCACCAGAAUAAAGUUACUGAGAAGAUACCACUUGAUCCAUUGAGUAAUAAGACUGGAGAUGUCUGGCAUGUAUUUUUGAAAGGGGAUUUUGAAGAUACGCUAUAUGGCUACAUGUUUGACGGGGAGUUUUCUCCUGAAAAAGGUCAUUUCUAUGAUGCUUCCAAGGUUCUGUUGGAUCCAUAUGCAAAGGCGGUAAUAAGCAGAGGGGAGUUUGGGGCUUUAGGGCCUGAAGAUAAUUGUUGGCCCCAAAUGGCCGGCAUGGUGCCUACUUUUGAAGAUCAGUUUGACUGGGAAGGUGAUUUACCUCUGAGGUAUCCACAAAGAGAUCUCAUAAUUUAUGAAAUGCAUGUGCGUGGAUAUACAAGGCAUGAAUCUAGUGGGAUACAAUUUCCUGGUACUUACCGUGGUGUGGUGGAGAAGCUUGACCACUUGAAGGAACUUGGAGUCAACUGUAUAGAAUUAAUGCCAUGUCAUGAAUUCAAUGAGUUGGAGUACUACAGCUACAAUUCUGUCUUGGGUGACUAUAAGUUGAACUUUUGGGGAUAUUCAACAAUCAAUUACUUUUCUCCCAUGAUAAGGUAUUCAUCUUCUGGUAUUAGUAACUGUGGUCGUGAUGCAAUUAAUGAAUUCAAAUAUCUUAUUAAAGAAGCACAUAAACGCAGAAUUGAGGUUAUUAUGGAUGUCGUUUUCAACCACACAGCUGAAGGCAAUGAGAAAGGUCCCAUAUUGUCAUUUAGAGGUGUUGAUAACUCUGUCUAUUACAUGCUAGCACCGAAGGGUGAGUACUAUAAUUAUUCAGGAUGUGGAAAUACAUUCAACUGUAACCAUCCUGUGGUGCGUCAAUUUAUAUUAGACUGCUUAAGAUAUUGGGUGACUGAAAUGCAUGUAGAUGGCUUUCGCUUUGAUCUUGCUUCCAUUAUGACCAGGAGUAGCAGUCUCUGGGAUUUGGUUAAUGUAUAUGGAGAUUGUAUUGAAGGUGACUUGAUAACAACUGGCACCCCUCUCAGCACUCCCCCAUUGAUUGACAUGUUGAGUAAUGAUCCUAUACUUCGUGGAGUGAAGCUUAUUGCUGAAGCAUGGGAUACAGGUGGACUUUAUCAAGUUGGCAGAUUUCCUCAUUGGGGUAUUUGGUCAGAAUGGAAUGGGAAGUAUCGUGACAUAGUACGGCAGUUUAUAAAAGGUACAGAGGGGUUUUCUGGAGCUUUUGCUGAAUGCCUUUGCGGAAGCCCAAACUUAUAUCAGGAAGGUGGAAGGAAACCAUGGAACAGUGUCAACUUUGUAUGUGCGCAUGAUGGUUUUACUUUGGCCGAUCUAGUUUCCUAUAAUAACAAACACAAUAUAGCAAACGGGGAAGACAACAAUGAUGGAGAAAGUCAUAACAAUAGCUGGAAUUGUGGACAGGAGGGGGAGUUUGCAAGUAUUUCUGUGAAGAAACUGAGGAAACGUCAAAUGCGGAAUUUCUUCCUCUGCCUUAUGGUUUCCCAAGGUGUCCCAAUGAUUUGCAUGGGUGAUGAAUAUGGUCACACUAAAGGAGGAAACAAUAACACAUAUUGCCAUGAUAAUUAUAUCAACUACUUUCGGUGGGAUAAAAAGGAAGAGUCUUCAUCAGAUCUCUUCAGGUUCUUCUGUCUCAUGACCAAGUUCCGCCGUGAAUGCGAGUCACUUGGCUUAAAUGACUUCCCAACAGCACAGAGGUUACAGUGGCAUGGUCAUACUCCUGGAAAGCCAGAUUGGUCUGACACAAGCCGUUUUGUGGCAUUCACAUUGAUUGAUUCCGUGAAGGGAGAAAUCUAUGUUGCUUUCAACACCAGUCAUUUACCUGUCACAAUUACACUGCCUGAGCGUCCGGGAUAUAGAUGGGAGCCAUUGGUGGACACGAGUAAGCCCACACCAUUUGAUUUCCUAUCCAAAGAAGUCCCGGAAAGAGAUAUUGCCAUCAAACAAUAUGCUCAAUUCCUUGAUUCCAAUCUAUACCCUAUGCUCAGUUACUCUUCAAUUAUUCUGCUACUUUCACCUGAUGAAAAUGCUUAAAAAAAUCAUAUCGAUAUUUAUCUAGCUUAAGCCUGAGACCCCUAAAUAAAGUAAAUGGUUAGUAGUAUAUGUAUGAAAACAGCAUGCUUAUUGUAGAAAAUCUAUGCACCAAACCAUGGAUAUGAAAUAAAAUUGUUCUCAAAUCUGUACAGUA